AUGACGGCGGACGACAUUAACCCGACGACACGCCGUCUCUUCGUUAGGGAUUUCGCGUCGAAAACGCAAUUUUUGGACGACACGGGCGCGGAUCUCUGCGUUUUCCCGAAAACAAUGACUCGUGGACCCCGCGCAAAGUCCCUAUACGUCCUCUACGCGGCGAACGGGACCGAGAUUUCCACGUACGGGACGGUGACACUGACCCUCGACUUGGGAUUGCGCCGAGCGUUUACCUGGCGUUUCGUGGUGGCCGAGGUAUCGAAACCCAUCAUCGGGGUCGAUUUUUUAUACCAUUUCGGGUUACUGGUGGACAUCCGCAACCAGAGACUAAUGGAUCAGGUCACGUCAUUGUCGGUACCGGGACUCCCAGCAAACAGAAGUCGCCAAACGAUUCCAAGUAUCAAAACCGUAUACGGCGGCUCCAUGUUCCACGACCUGCUCCAGAAGUUUCCGGACAUCACCAGGCCAGAAGGUACGCCCACCGAAACCAAACACUCCACGGUGCACUACGUACGGACGACAACGGGCCCGCCGGUUACUUGCAAACCGCGCCGACUUGCCCCGGACCGACUCAAAGCGGCAACGAAAGAGUUCGGGACGAUGAUGCGGCAGGGAAUAGCGAGGCCAUCGGAGAGUAGCUGGUAG